ACCUUGCUUUAAGAAACAAAGUUCAGAAAGAAAAUCUUGCAGAUUUUUAAUCUUUUAGUACAUUGAUUCCUUGUGUAACUCAUUUUGAUAUAGAGCGGCAAUUUCAAAUGAUCUAUACUCAUUCUAAGUUUAAAGAAUUACAAAAAGAGCUAGCUGGGAAGCUUUAUUGCAAUGUAUCUUGUAAUGGUGAUGAUGAUAAAGUCUUUAACGUAAUUGAGACUUUAUUUGUUGGAGACCAACAAAGAGAAAGGACUUAUAUUGUUAAGUUCAAUAAAGAGAAUUGUGAGAUCAAUUGUGCUUGUCGACUAUUUGAAUUUAAAGGGAUUCUUUGUAGGCAUAUAUUAUCAAUUUUGACCCAAGAACAUGUCAAAAAAGUACCAGAAAAGUAUCUUCUAGCGCGAUGGAGGAAAGAUAUAAAUCGAUGUCAUACAAGGAUCAAGGUAAACUAUAAUGAUGUGAGUGGAAAUGUUGACACUCAAAGGUAUAAUAGGUUGCAAAAGAAAUUUUAUGAAGUUGCUGAUUGGGCUAUUGAAUCUAAAGAUAAUUGUGAAACAUUUUGGAAUGUGAUGAAUGGAUUGCCAACAAAGAGAAAAGGUUGUGACAAGCAAGAAAGAAAAAGUUGUGAUAAGGAGGAAGGAAAAAGAUGUGAUAAAUAAGAAGAGGAUGUAGUUCAUAGUCCUGUAGCUGUACGAAGACAUGGACGACCACCAAAGCGUAAAACUUCUAAAGUUGAAAAACUUGUUUCUAUGAAGAAGAAUGCACAGAAUAAGAAAAAUAACUGUAGAAAAAAGACUAAGGUAAUACAUAAUAAC